GCAAUCAACAACAGAUGAAAUUAGGGAUUUGGAUAUAUAAAAAAAAAAUCUAUUCUAGAAUAAAUCUUAUGGACUGAUGAAAAAAAUGUAUAGUCCCUACCGGAUGGGUUCAAAAGUCUCCAAAUAUCCGAAAGACCAAGAUCUUUACACAUCCUGUGAAGUGUCAGUGUUGCUCUAGGGGGUUUACACACUUUUGCUUCACUAUGAUCAAGGACUGAAUCCAUCAAAAGAUUAAAGUCUCCUCCCAAUAUUAUAUCAUGAGGGGUACCAGCAGUUUGCAACAUCCCUUCAAGAUCUAUAAAAAAGCCUUGAUCAUCAACGUUAGGUGCGUAAAUAUUAGCCAAAAUCAGACUUUGCCCUUGAAUUUCAGCUAAAACAAUAAUUAAUCUUCCUAAUUUAUCAUUAAUCUGUUUGAGAAAUUUGAAUUGUAAAUGUUUAUUAGUCAAUAUAAUGACUCCCUUGCUCUUACUUGAGCCAACACUAAAGAAAACAUGUCCACCCCAUAUCUUCCCAAAUUUUUCAGCUUCCUGCGGGGAAAGAUGUGUUUCUUGAAGAAACACUGUAUCAUAUUUCUUAUAUUUAAGAAAAGUAAUAACCUUCCUUCUUUUUAUGGGGUGCCCCAACCCAUUCACAUUCCAUGUGGAAAGAGAUAGUACACUCAUAUUAACAACUGACAUAUUGAUAUAAAAAAAACAAAAUUGUGUGUGAAAAAACAAUUAUGAAGACCACAUUCCCCAUUAGUGAAACAAUCAACCCCCGAACAUCACCCGGAACAAAACAAACAGAAAAAAGAAAAACGUGCACAUUAACCCCGCGUAUGACAGCGCCAACCGGCGACAAUCCCUCUAAACUCAAAAGGUCCAUGAAUGCCCACGAGUCCCCACGACAACUUUGCCAACGGAUUGCUCAAUUUUGCCUCACAAAUUUGUGAGGCAAAAUUACAUAACAGAAAAUACUUUGUGAAAUAAACCCAGUCAAUAGGAAGAAUGAACACAAAGAAUGUGUAGAUUCAUUCACAGAACUGUCUCAAAGGUGUGAUCUUCCACAAAACAAAUUCCAGCUGAUAUAAAACAGUUCAGAUUCCGUGGACAGACAAACGAAUGUUCAGUGAGCCAGCUGUUAUGAGUUCAGCGGAUGACGUAAUCCACAGCUGUUCCAAAGGAGUGUUAUUCAACAGAACAAGCUCCAGCCGCUAGGCGGAACCAAUACAAAAAGAAACAAAACCGGCAUCCCGGUUCCCUGGAUGGUCGAGUCAAUUCACUCGGAGGCUGCAUAAACGUAUAUACCAUGACUUACACAUUCCGUCAACUUUAUAAAAGACAUCCUUUGUGUGAGCAUGUAGAUAUUUUGCGGUCAUUCGUAGUGUCCACUCUCAAACUGGCCAGGAACUUCAAUGCAAAUGUAAUCUUCCAUCAAUGCAAAAGUUUCUUUAAGGAAAAGUGUUAUUCACAAAACAAGCUCCGGCCGCUCGGCGGAGCCAACGCAAAAAACCCAAAAUGUCACCCAGCUUCCUCAAGAGUUAGGUACAGCGAGUCAGGCCCACUCACAUGAGAAACAUCCAAUGGUUUACUCAGUGAUUGAUUCUAUAAAAGACAUUGCCAGAUUUGGACAUGUGAAUACUUUGCGACCGUUUUUCGUUUCUAUUCUCAGUUUGGCUGGAAACAUCAGAGCGAACGAGAUCUUUUUUUGAUGUAAGAGUUUCUUACAUUCCUUGAACCGAUCGCGUUUCUCUCUUGUCGAACUCGCAAAGUCUGGUAACAAGAAAACAUUAUGGUUCUUCCAAGAAAGCUUCCCUUUGCUCCUCGCCUGGCGCAAAACAAGAUCUUUAUCGGAUGAUCUCAGAAAUCUGGCCAGAAUUGAUCUGGGCUUAUCUUCCUCAGCAGGUCUGUGAGCCGGCACUCUGUGAGCUCGCUCGAUUUCCAGCUUGUGGCCUGUUAUGUCGAGCAGACUCGGGAAGAGCUCGUCCAGGAAUUUCACCAUAUCUCUGCCCUCCUCAUGCUCAGGAAUUCCAACAAUUCGAACGUUAUUCCUGCGGCUUCUAUUUUCAAGAUCUUCAAGCUUUUCAAGGAGAUGUUCCAAACCAACUUUGGUCGCGGGCAGAUUAGCGGUUAAUUCCCUCUCCAAAGAUUCCAGAAAAUCGAUUCGUUUUUCAACAUCAGACACUCUUGUACCUAACUCAGAGAAUUUUAUUUCCAUCGCCGUAAUCGAUUGAUGUAUUACAGCGAGAUCCUCCAAGUCAGCAAGAAUCUUCGUCAACAUCACCGAUAUGUUGGACAACUGAUGCUGGAUCUCCUCUCCCACCGCGCCAUCCAAAUCAAGUCCCCGGUCUGUAGGCCUGUCGGGGCUUUCAUCCUGAACACGUAAGUGUCUUUUAAUAUCUCCAGAGCCCGAGGAUUUUUACUUCUUUGCCAUGUUUUGCAACAAAGGACAAAUGUGUAACUGGGUGUAUCAAAUUUCACCAGAUUAUAACAUGAGAAUAAUCGAAAAUUCAGCAAAGUGCGCAGAGCUCGUCGCUCACACGUUUGCUCCUUGCAUGGCAUCACCCCCGAAGUUCUACAAUUGUUGAUGUUAUUGUUGCCAUUUUAGGCACAAAGCCCUGUCAAGACUACCAGACACAGCUCAAGAUUAAAGCAAAAAGCAUCUUGAGGAAACAAAGGGAACAGACCAGUAAAUAUCUACAAAACAAGACACAAGCAAACUUCCAUUUUAUACCUCUUGUUUUAGAGUCAGAAUCUGUGGUCCAAACUCCACAAUGCAAGAUGAAACUGAAAAGCAAAAAGUUGCGGCCCAAAAAGCUGAGAGCUUACAUUCCAAAUGAGGAACAGGCUCUAUCACCAGCAGAUCUCCUGAAAUCGAAGGACAAGAACAUCCUGCUGAUCGGCAAACCUGGAAUUGGGAAAACUACAGUUGUCCAGCAAAUCUUGCAUAUGUUGACAGAGAAGGAUGAGCGAGAACCGGACUACAUGUUUUAUUUUGAUGAAAGUACUUUGUCCCAUAGUUCCAAUGUUGUGAAUUUGGAAUCUCUUUUGUUUGACAUGUAUUUAAAACCAAAGGAAAAAGACAGAAAUGAGGUGUUUCAAGAUAUAGAAGAAAACUCUGAGAAUGUUCUUAUUGUAUUUGAUGGUGCCACUUGUGUGCAAGAACAAUCUGUCAUAAAGAAGAUUAUGGACCACGAUCUUCUGCCUGAAGCGAAGGUCAUAAUGACAUACAGAUCAGAGGUGGAAGAUGAUCCCCUUUUCUCAGACUGGCCCACACAAAAAGUGUACGUUCAAGGUUUCAGUGAAGAGUCUAUCCGAACUUACUACCAGAAGAUGCUGGGUCAUGAUCCUGAUCUUUUAGAUGUUGUGUUGAACAAUCAAGAGCUCUUCAGUCUUAGCCACGUACCAAUGUAUGCAUUCAUAGUUGUAGCUUCCUUCCAUUUAAAAACGACACAGAUCUCAACCAUCCACACAAAGUCACGGAAAUGUACAUCCACAUUUUUUGUCAUGCUUUGAAGAAACAUGGGAAGACAACAAUUAGGCAAUUAGAUCAGUACCUGAGAAGGAUCAAAGAUCAGCUUUAUCCCCUGAUGAAAAAUGCUUUCAAUGCAACUCUUCAGAAUACUCUCAACCUUCCAGAUACAAACAGUGAUGAAACUGACAUAUGUCCAGUUUUUCUGAAAAACAUCACGAUAAGAGACUCCCUAACAUCUGCAAAGACUUAUUGUGCAUUUCUCCACAAUGCAAUGCAGGAAUUCUUCUCAGCUUUGUGGCUUCUUGGCAAUCCAGGCGAAAUUGAGAAAGUCCUGCAACUCUGUCAGACUGAGGAGAAUAAACACAUAAAACAUGUUCUUCCUUUUCUAAGCGGACUUCUGGGAGAACACAACAUCAAACUCCUCAAGUGUCUCUUCCCCGAGGAUCAGAUAAAGAAGACAUCUGAUUGGUUCAUUGAGAAGCUUGUUGACACAUUCCUCCAAUCUCAGAGCGAGAGUGACAAGGUUUUCUUUGAGUGUCAGUGCUUGUUUGAUCUUCAGUCAUCUAAAGCUUGCUUGAUGUUCCUGGAGAAGAUGGACCAUCAGCUUGACCCUCAAGUGGAUCUGGACCCUCAUCAGUGUUGUGCUUUGACUUAUGUGAUCAGUCAAUCCCAGUAUAAAGAGGUUUAUCUGAAUUUGGAGGACUGUAUCAUGUCUGACUUGGGGAUGAACAUGAUUCUCACCUGCUCAUCACAGAUUAGAUUAAACCUUUGGUUUGAUCCAUUCAAGCAAAUCAAAGUCUUAAAGGAAUUUUUCCAUGAAGCAUCACAGUGCAUGCAGAAGAAAUGUGGAAUUAUGACAUCAGAAUGCUAUUGCAACUCUUGUGAGCCAAUAUACAAUAACACCAUAGCUAUGAGUGAAUACCUGCUGGAUCUUUACUCGCAUGUGAUGGAUUAUGAGACUCAAACAGGCAGGAGUUUCCUUCCAGCAUUACAGCCAGUUUUCCAGUCAGCACCUGAUGUCUGGAUCAUAGAUCUCUCACACAGAAAGACCUCCCUCCUCCUAGAAGUUCUGAAACUCCAAACAGUGAAGAAACCAGUAGAGCUGAGAGGCUUUUCAGAGAAAGAGAGUAAAGUGAUGAGCCCUACAUCUCUAAACUGAGGUUUGGAAUACACUGUAAAAUGUCACUUUCAACUCAAAGGUCGACUCAUGUGCUCUUCAGGACUCGUAUCCCAGUUGAGCUACCACGCAAUUUGAUCACACUCGAACAAGCUUGUAAAUGUAGUUGAUAAUGUAAUGCAACCAUUAAAAUGUAUUGCCUUUCAAGUCAUGCACUAUUAUAAAAGUGUUUACAUGUCAUAAGAAGCAUUGCGUAAAGAACAGGGCGAAACUAAGUGUUUAUGAACUGAUAUAUGCUGUUUUACUCGUGAUUUGUUUGAAAGUGAAUAAAAAUCGUUGUUGUAGCGCCUGUAGUGUUAAUUUCACCAGGAAACUGCCGCAAUAUGUACAACGAGCCGCAAAAAAAUUAUUUAGCAAAAAUAUAGGUUUAGUCAUGUGAUUCUGUGGGACCAGGUUGAUUAAAAAAUUGGUUAAAUCCAAAGUUUUAUGGUUUUGGAAAAUCUACAACAACAAAUUUUUAUGACCAGGGACUAAAAACGAAAUGUUUUUCAUUUCGGUUCGUUCUGAGCAAAAACUGUAUUUUUUCGUUUCGGUUCAGAAGUUCCGCAGACUCCUUUCCAAAUGGUAACCAGUUAGAACAAAAUAAAAGAACGGUUAAUAACGUUCUUUUUAAAAUGACAGUACUCUGUGCUAUAGGGUGGGUAAAAUACCAAUUGCAGUAUUGCCAGAUAUCAGAAGAGAAACAAGCAAGCAUACAGUUAAUUAACAGUUAAGUAUAAUUUUCAUUACAGAUCUGCUUCUCAGUCAAAACCUGGCAGCAUCAAGUCUGUAUUAAUGCAUCAUACCUAACAGAAAAGUACUUUUUACCUCUAAUAAUGUUUUCCUUGUAUCUGGAUUAGCCAUGCAUGUAUAUGUACUGUAGUAAUUAUACUUAGUUGUUAAGAAGGUCUUCAUUCACUGAAUGUGACAUCCACAGCGGGCGAUUAGGCAAAGAAAUGUAUGAUGCAGCAGUUUCUUUCAGGAUAUUUAAUUUUUUUGGGGAACAUCAAGUGGUGUAGUUCCAAAAAUGUACUGUGAUAAACCCUUUGGCCUUUGGUUUCAUGAAAACAAUUAUCAGAAUGAAAUUAACCGGUUAUAACCAAUUACCAGCAUUUAAAAAUAACGUUUUCACUCCGGAACAAUUGAAAAUAACUUUGUUCCAGUUUUCGGUUACGUUCUGCAAAAAUAUUCCGUUCGUUUCCAGUUUCGUUCCUUCAACCGUUUUUAGUCCGUGAUUAUGAUAAAAAUUAAUACGAAAUAUUUAGGAUUCUGCACUGUUUCUAGGUCAAUAAACAAAGAAGCAAAUUAAAAAAGUAAAAUGCACUAGUUCUCACUAGUGGUCUUAGACUUUUGGACCCCACUGUAACAUAUAACUCUGUCUUUUUCUCAGCUGUAAUAAAUCUACAUUGCUUCAGUUUCUUACUCAUCUGGAGCCCAACAAGCUGAAUCUAUUUCCCAGGCCCUAGGUGAAAAAGUGGAUCUCAGUCAGACUCAGCUGGACCUGCAGGCUUGUAGAGGUCUGGCGCUGGUUCUGGAAUAUUCUGAAGGGUUGACAGAACUGAAUCUCAGCCAGUGUUGACUCACCAAUCAGUGCCUGGAUGUACUGCUGCCACACCUCUACAAAACACAAAACACUGAUAUAAGUAACAAUGACAUCACAAUGAUGAGGCUCUGAAAAUGACAAUACAGUGUUGUUUCCUCACAGCAGUAAUAUGAUGACAUAUAAGUUGCAAUUAUUCGGCUGGAAUGAAGAAACCAGAUGACGUGGAUAUAUUGUGUUGACAGGCAGCAUGGCCUGUGCCCAAAAAUCUGCUGUUGAGUAUCUCAGAAAUACCAGGAGGAAGCUGGUGGCUCAACUGCAAAACUUUCCUCUGAUCAUUGAGAAUCUUUAUCAGCAGAAUGUUUUCAAUGAACAUGAGGUUGAUGCUCUCAAAGCAGAGAGGACAGAGUUUGAUAAAGCCAGAUGUAUACUGGACUGGGUCACUAACAAAGGGGAAAUGGCCAGUUAUGAGUUACUCAAGAUUCUGGAUGUUACUCGGAAGAGGACGCUACAUUCUGAUUUACACUACUGGAUCAGCUGUUUUCCCUUUAGGGAAGAUGCAAAUUUUAACUAUUUAUUUGGCACAAAGCCUUGUGGGAAUUACAAAAUACAGCUCAAGAUGAAAGCAAAGAGUAUCCUGAAGAGCCAAAGGGUACAGAUAAAUAUCAGUAAAUAUCUACAAAAUAGGCUCCAAUGUAAAAAAGAGGAACAUUUCCAUUUCAUUCCUCUUGUUUUAGAGACCGACUCUAUGGUGGAAACUCCACAAUGCAAGAUGCAAAUGAAAAGCAAAAAGUGCAAAAAGUUGCGGCCCAAAAAGCUGAGAGCUUACAUUCCAAAUGAGGAACAGGCACUAUCACCAGCAGAUCUCCUGAAAUCACAGGACAAGAACAUCCUGCUGAUCGGCAAACCUGGAAUAGGAAAGACUACAGUUGUCCAGCAAACCUUGCACCUGUGGACAGAGAAGGAUGAGCGAGAACCGGACUACAUGUUUUACUUUGAUGAAAGUACUUUGUGCCAUAGUUCCAAUAUUGUGAAUUUGGAAUCUCUUUUGUUUGACAUGUAUUUAAAACCAAAGGAAAAAGACAGAAAUGAGGUGUUUCAAGAUAUAGAAGAAAACUCUGAGAAUGUCGUCAUAAUAUUUGAUGGUAUGAAGGAUGUGGAGGAGAAUUCAGUGUUGAAGAAGAUUAUGGACCACGGCGUUCUACCUGAGGCAAAAGUCAUAAUAACAUGCAGAUCAGAGGUGGAAGAUGAUCCCCUUUUCUCAGACUGGCCCACGUGGAAAGUGUGCGUUCUAGGGUUUAGCGAAGAGUCUAUCCGGAAUUACUACCAGAAGAUGUUGGGUGAUGAUGCUGAUCUUCUAGAUGUUGUGUUGAACAAUCAAGAGCUCUUCAGUCUUAGCCACGUACCAAUGUAUGCAUUCAUGGUUGUAAUAUCGAUUGCUUCAACAAAAGACAAAGCUCUCAGCCAUUCAAAUACAAUCACAGAAAUGUACAUCCACAUUUUUCGUCAUGCUUUGAGGAAACAUGGGAAGAAAACAAUUAGGCAAUUAGAUAAGUACCUGAAAAGUAUAAAAAAUCAGCUUUAUUCCCUGAUGAAAAACGCUUUCAAUGCAACAGUACAAAAAACUCUCAGCCUUCCAGAUACAAACAAUGAUGAAUCUGACAUAUUUUCAGUUUUUCUGAAAAACAUCACGAUAAGAGACUCCCUAACAUCUGCAAAGACUUACUGUGCAUUUCUCCACAACACAAUGCAGGAAUUCUUCUCAGCUUUGUGGCUUCUUGGCAAUCCAGGCGAAAUUGAGAAAGUCCUGCAACUCUGUCAGACUGAGGAGAAUAAACACAUAAAACAUGUUCUUCCUUUUCUAAGCGGACUUCUGGGAGAACACAACAUCAGACUCCUCAAGUGUCUCUUCCCCGAGGAUCAGAUAAAGAAGACGUCUGAUUGGUUCAUUGAGAAGCUUGUAGACACAUUCCUCCAAUCUCAGAACGAGAGUGACGAGGUUGAUGUUCUCUUUGUGUGUCAGUGCUUGUUUGAACUUCAGUCAUCUAAAGCUUGCUUGAUGUUCUUGGAGAAGAUUAACCAUCAGCUUGACCCUCAAGUGGAUCUGGAACCUCAUCAGUGUUGUGCUUUGGCUUAUGUGAUCAGUCAAUCCCAAUAUAAAGAGGUUUAUUUGAAUUUGGAGGACUGUACUAUCUCUGACUUCGGGAUCAACAUGAUUCUCACCUGCUCACCACUGAUUAGAUUACAGCUUUGGAUUGAGCCUUUAAAGCAAAUCACAUUCUUACUGGAAUUCUCCCAUAAAGCAUCACAGUGCAGGCAGCAGAAUGAUGGGAUUCUGACAUCACAAUGCUGUAGCACCUAUUUUACUCCUAGUUGCAGUAACAAACUAGAUCUGACUGAUGCACUGCUGAAUCUUUACUCACAUGUGAAGGACUUUGAGACUCAAACAGGCAGGAGUUUCCUUCCAGCAUUACAGGCAGUUUUCCAGUCAGCACCUGAUGCACCUUUCUCACAGAGAAAGAACUCUGUCCUUCUGGAAAUGCUAAAACUCCACACAGAGAAGAAAGCAGUAGAGUUGACUGAGGAUGGGUCUGAAUGGUUGCCUAGUUGCCCAGCAACUAGUCGAUUUGUGAGGUCUCCCUUAGAGUUUAUCUAGAUUUUUUCUUUGUUAUUUUUAGGUUUCAUGUUUUUAGUGGCGUUGCUUUAAAGGGGAUGAAUGUAGAGAUGCAACUUCUCUGAGAGGGUUUUAGUUUUCCGACCGCUAAAAUACAUAAAAGCUAAAAACAGCUUUAAAAAAAUCUAGAUAAACUCAUUCAGGCAACACACCAACAAGUCGAUUUUUUAAAUUUGUUUUAUUAUCUGUCACUUGAGAGGCUGUUCCAAGAGUCAGAAAUGAUCUAAACGAUCAACUAUGUUUAAAAACAUACAAGUGCCCCACCAAAGAUCACAUCCUAGUACCGUCCCUACAGAGAGUGAAGUGAUGAGUUGAGCCUGAUCUCAUUAAAAUGAUGUGACUGUGGCAACAUUUUUGCUAAAUAUUAUAUUACGUGGUUCACUACACAUAUCACGGAGGUUCCGAGGUGAAAUGUACACUGUGUGCUGAUAGUGAGUUAAUUUAAGUUAAUGCUCUGUUGAGUUUUUAAUAAACAAAACCAACCUCCCUACCCUAUAGUGAUGGGAAGAUCAGAUCAUUUUACUGACUUGGAUCUUUGAGUCUUGUUCAGCAAAAUGAUCGAAUCUUUAUUCAAGUCAUUUCAUUCAUUUGAGCAGAAUUAAAUAAAAAAAUUACAUUUUUAAAUAGCCAAAUCACCCCCCCCCCAACAUGUCUACUUAAGCAAACUUUGAUUAUAGUCCCAAUAAGGAAAAAAUUAUAAUGCAGCCAAGGACAAAUUAUGAGAAACUGAAAGAUUAGUUCACCUCUGGAAUCUUCUUGUCCGAGUCGUUUGUUCUUUUGUCAUGUGACAGCCGAACGAACGACUCGGACCAGAUGACUCAGGAGGUGAACUAAUCAUUUAUGUUUCUUGUGUGUGUGCAUAGCAUAUACGACUGUCACGUGACAAAAGAACGGAUGACUCGGACCACAAGAGUUGAAAGGUGAACUAAUCAUUUCUGUUUCCUGUACAGCGCCUAUGCGGUUUUCACGUAACAAACGAACGGAGGUUGCGCAAUGCACAUGCGCGGCCAACACAAAAUAAACGAAUCACUCUCUGAGACUACUCGUUUUUCUGAGUCACAUAAAAGAUUCGUUCAAAAUGAAAGAAUCGAUCAUGAACGACCUAUCACUAUUAUCCUAAACUUUAAACCUAAACCUAACUGAUAGUGUCAGAAAAAGCCAAUAUACAGGAAAAACUUCAUUUUGUGGUACUUCUACAACACGGCUCACGUCUCGACUCGCAUGCUCUUCAGGACUCGUAUUCCAGUCCUAUGCAUCACAAGUACAACGCUCUAUAAGUUGAGCUACCGUGCAAUUUGAACACACAUAAACAAGCUUGUAAAUGUAGUUGGUUAUAAUGAAAAUGUUAAAAUGUAUGUUUCGCCUUAUAAGUCAUGCGCUAUAGUAAAAGUGUUUAGAUGUCAUAAGAUAGCCUAUUUGGCAGGAUUGGCAUUCCAGCAGCGGUCUUCCACCCCUGAGCGCCCAGCUGUGGCACAAACCCACCCCCGAUGUGACAGUCUCCACGGGUCACGAGGACAGGCCUCUUCCUCCCUCGUCCCAGGGGUGGUCACAAGGAGCCAGUUAAGUACUUCGAUGUCCCUGAACUCAGCACGGCCACGACAUGGUGUGGCACCUCGAGCUCCGCCCUGCCGUGAGGCCCCACCCGCCGGAACGUCCGACGAGACUGUCCCUUUGGUCACCCUCGCGCGGAGCUUGGAUGCAUGGCUUGCACUUUCCAAUCCAUCAUGGCUGGUCCGGAUUGUCCGACUCGGUUACGCGAUUCAGUUCGCUAGGCAUCCCCCCAGGUUCAGUGGUAUCCACUUCACCUUGGUGAAGGACGAAAACACUGCUGCCUCGCGUGCGGAGAUCGCCACCCUCCUACGGAAGGAUGCGAUAGAGCCUGUCCCUCCGGCUGAGAUGAAGAAGGGGUUUUACAGCCCCUACUUCAUCGUACCAAAAAAAGGCGGUGGGUUGCGGCCAAUAUUGAACCUGUGAGUACUGAACCGGGCUUUACUCAGACUCCCGUUCAAGAUGCUGACGCAAAAAUGCAUUCUGGCGAGCGUCCGGCAUCAAGAUUGAUUUGCGGCGGUAGACCUGAAGGACGCGUAUUUUCACGUCUCGAUUCUACCUCGACACAGACCUUUCCUGCUGUUUGCAUUCGAGGGUCAGGCGUAUCAGUACAAGGUCCUCCCUUUCGGCCUGUCCUUGUUUCCUUGCGUCUUUCAUGAAGGUCGCAGAGGCAGCCUUUGCCCCGUUAAGGGAAGUGGGCAUACGCAUUCUCAACUAUCUCGACGACUGGCUAAUCCUAGCUCACUCUUGGGGCAUGUUGUGUGCACAAUGGGACUUGGUGCUCUCACAGCUCAGCCGACUAGGGCUUUGGGUCAACUGGGAAAAGAGCAAGCUCCUCCUGAUUCAGAGCAUCUCUUUCCUCGGUUUGGAGUUGGACUCAGUCUCUUUGACAGUGCACCUCACAAACGAGUGCGCCCAGUUUGAAGGUGUUCAAACAGAAAACAGCGGUUCCGUUGAAACUCUUUCAGAGGCUCCCGGGGCAUAUGGCAACCUCAGCGGUGGCCACCCCGCUCGGGUUAAUGCAUAUGAGACCACUUCAGCACUGGCUGAGAUGGGCAUGGUGCCGCGGGACACAUCGCGUGGUCAUCACGCCGGUCUGUCACCGUCUUUUUAGCCCUUGGACCGACCGGUUUUGGCCGUUGAUCCAGGGCUGCUUGCCUGCUUGUGUUUUAGUUCGGACAGACAACACGGCAACGGUAGCAUAUGUCAACCGCCAAGGUGGUCUGCACUCUCGUUGUAUGUCACAACUCGCCCACCGUCUCCUCCUCUGGAGUCAGCAGCACCUCAAGUCGCUGCGAGCCACUCACAUCCCGGGCAACCUCAACACUACAGCGGACGCGCUUUCACGGCAGGUUACCUUCAGGGGAGAGUGGAGACUCCACCCUCAGGUGGUCCAGCUGAUUUGGAGUCAAUUCGGACAGGCACAGGUGCACCUGUUCACCUCCCAAGAAUCCUCCCACUGCCCCUCUGGUAUGCCCACACCGAGGCCCCCCUCAGCAUAGACACACUGGCACACAGCUGGCCCCCUGGCCUGCGCAAAUAUGCAUUUCCCCCAGUGAGCCUACUUGUACAGACCCUGUGCAAGGUCAGGGAGGACGAGGAGCAGGUCGUCCUGGUAGCACCCUACUGGCCCACCCAGACGUGUUUCUCAGACCUUACACUCCCCUGAGGAAGGACCUUCUUUCUCAGGGACAGGGCACCAUCUGGCACCCACGAUCAGACCUCUGGAAUCUCCAUGUCUGGCCCCUGGACGGGAUGCGGAAGACCUAAGCGGUCUACCACCCACGGUGGUAGACACGAUCACUCAGGCUAGAGCCCCCUCUAUGAGGCGCCUGUAUGCCUUUAAGUGGCGUCUGUUCACAAAGUGGUGUUCUUCCUGACGGGAAGACCCCCAGAGAUGCGUAGUCGGAUCAGUGCUUUUCUUCCUGCAGGAGAGGUUGGAAAGGAGGCUGUCCCCUUCCACCUUGAAGGUGUACGUUGCCGCCAUAGCAGUACACCACGACACAGUCGAUGGUAAGCACGACCUGAUCAUCAGUUUCCUGAGAGGCGCCAUGAGGCUGAAUCCCUCCAGACCACACCUCGUCCCCUCAUGGGACCUCUCUGUAGUUCUUCAGGGUCUACAGAGAGUCCCCUUUGAGCCUUUGCAGUCAGCUGAGCUUAAGGCACUCUCCUUGAAGACCGCCCUCCUAAAUGCACUCACUUCCAUCAAGAGGGUAGGAGACCUGCAAGCGUUUUCUGUCAGCGAAACGUGCCUGGAUUUCGGUCCGGGCUACUCUCAAGUGAUCCUGAGACCCCAACCGGGCUAUAUGCCCAAGGCUCCCGCGACCCCUUUUAGGGAUCAGGUGGUGAGCCUGCGAGCGCUGCCCCAGGAGGAGGCAGACCCAGCUCUAUCGUUGCUGUGUCCGGUGCGCGCUUUAUGCAUCUAUUUGGAUCGCACGCAGAGCUUUAGAAUCUCUGAGCAGCUCUUUGUCUGAUUUGGUACACAGCGGAAAGGAAGCGCUGUCUCCAAACAGAGGAUCACUCACUGGCUCAUUGACGCCAUAGCUAUGACAUAUCACACCCAGGACAUGCUACCCCCGGUAGGGCUAUGAGCCCAUUCUACCAGGGGUGCAGCGGCCUCCUGGGUCCUGGCCAGGGGUGCCUCUCUAACAGACAUUUGCAGAGCAGUGGGCUGGGCAACACCCAACACAUUUGCAAAGUUCUACAACCUCUGGGUGGAACCGGUUUCAUAAACUUUGUUCCCUGGUUGACUUCCUCCGAGCCCUGUGGCAGUCGAGUUUUUGGAGAGAAUCGCUGCUGGCCCAGUACACGUGCUAACUAAGAGUCCUGUUCUGGGGUAGGUGCUCCGCAUGUGGCGGUUCCCUGUAAGGCUAACCCCAUGCGAUGUAUAUCUUCUGCUAAUUCGUUUCCCUGUUGGCAAACUGCAUCUUCCUUGGGCAGAGCCCCUCUGCCCCAGUCUCCAUGUUUGUAGUAACUCCUCCCCCGUUGGGUAGGAUCUACCUUGAAGACUCUCCACAUGGUCGGAAAGACCAUGUGAUGUAUUUUUCCACUUAAAUAUCACCCCCUCACUUUGGAUGAGGUGUGGUCUCCACGGUGUCCUCCCCUUGGGAGGGACACCCCCUGACUAGACCUGGAGGCCCAGUCGGAUAAUUCCCAUUCUUUUUUAAGGAGUGGAAAAAAGGGGAAAAGAGGCCACGACUGGGUUAGCCUGUCUCUCUAUCUUUUGGGAGUCGACACUCAUAACUAUGUUGGGGGAGGUAACGUGUCGACCUGGUGUGCUGGCUACGAGGCACACAGUGGUCUGCCCGCCACACACUGCCAGUUCACGUAACACAGUUCAGCCAGUUGUGGCGUUUCGUAUAGGGACCCCUAGUGUCACUACAUCGACACAACGUUGAGUGAGUGACAGAUAGGGAAUGUCAUGGUUACUUGUGUAACCUCCAUUCCCUGAUGGAGGGAACGAGACGUUGUGUCCCUCCUGCCACAACGCUGAACUACCCGCUGAAAUGGCCGGACCUUGUCUUGGCUCCUCAGCAUAAAACCUGAAUGAGUGGUUGCAUACCAGCUCCUUUUAUACCUGUAUGUCCAGUGGAGUGGCAUGCAAAUACCACUCGCCAAUUUUCAUUGGCCUUUUAUCAAAGACCAGAGGUGUCUCGGGCUCCCAAGAGUGACCCCUAGUGUCACUACAUUGACACAAUGUCUCGUUCCCUCCAUCAGGGAACGGAGGUUACACAAGUAACCAUGACGGUUCUUCUGGAAUAAAUUUGGAAAAAAUUGUACAGUGAACAAAGAUGUGAAUAUUAAACUGAUAUUCUCUGUCCAUGUGCUCUUUUCAUUGUAAACAAUAAACCUUGUUAUUUAAACCUUUUAUAUAAUCUGAAAAUGUGUAUCCAUUUAUAUCUCCCAUUUUCUCCUUGAAAUGGGUUUGAUCAUAGGCAUAAUUUAUGGGUGGGACAUGUCCCCACCACUUUUUACCAUGGCCAAUUAUGUCCCCACCACUUUUUGAAAUAGCUUUUGUCAGGUAUAAACUCCUUUCCAGUGUAAACAACAACAAAAAAUGCAAACAAACGUGUCCCCGCUAAUGAAGUACAUACACUAACGUGCAGAUGCAAUCUUGGUUUAUUCAAAUAAAAAAAUAUAUUAGGUAUAUAAGAUACCUAACAAUGAACAAUAUAAGAUAUUGUUUGCAGAACAAAAAAAUUACCUCCAGACCACUUCAAACCAAUUCAAAAUCUGUGUUGAUCUAUAAAUGUAUCUACCAGGAGUGGCAAAUGUAGGAAUGACAUUUUCAAAUUAAAUAGUAAAAUGUUCAUUUGAACACUUGAUUUGGUCAGCAAAAAGUUUAAAUGUUUUUUUUCUUCUUACAUUUCUAAUUGUAAUGUCAUUGUUUACAGUUCAGUUUUGACUUUUUGAAAAAUUAGCAAAUUAUCUCCUACAGAAAUAAUCUGUAGAUCAGCGUUUCCCAACCGGGGUGCUGUGGCUGUCUAGCGAGAUCAGGGUUGCUGUGUGAAAAAUCCUUCAAGCAUUCCUAAAAUCCAAAAAUGCAUGUACAUUUUUUUUUUCAAAACAGAAUAUCAUACAUUACUCAAUAGUAACAAAUAAUAAUAAUAAUAAUGUUUCUCUCUCUUUAUCUCUCACUCAUGCGAAGAAUUCCACAGCCCAUUGGAUGCUCAACGAGUGCGCAGUGAGGCAAGGAAACGCAAGUGAGCGACGUGAUAUAACAAUAGCUCCUGUUUAUAAUAAAUUAAGCUGUCUACAUUGCAAGCACACAACAGCGAAGUGAUCUAGUUUUGCCUCGUCACAUCGUGGCACUCACUCAUAUUACAGCAACUUUGACAAGACAGACAGAAAUAGCAAAAUUAUUUGUGUUGUGCUAUCGGAGCAGCUGCAGGGUGAAGAGAAACAUUUAAAACAAUCUGAUUAUCGUGUUAAACACCUGAUACAUCUCUCAUCUCCAUCUGACAUAUACAAGUAUUUCCUUUGCCUUGUGAAUCAGUCAUUUAAUAAUAAGUAGUCACCCUUUACAUAAUUUAAAUACUAUAUUAAUAAUAUAAUAUUCAAAAUAUCAUGUUAUAAUCUAUCUUUAAUAUACAUAUUAUAAUCUAUUUUCAGUAAACAUCAUAACUAAUGUAGCAGCAAGGUCUCCUCUUUCAGGAUUUCAUCUGUUAAUUUCCAGUACAUUUUGUCAUCUUUAAACUGAAGAGCAUUGACUAAUUAAAGGGAUACCAUUGAACUUUUUAAGGGAUAGUUUGAAUGAAAAAUGAAAAUUCUGUCAUCACUUAUUACUCACCUUCAUGUUUUUGCGAACCCAUAUGACUUUCUUUUAUCCGUGGAGUUAAAAAAGGAGAUGUUAGGCAAAAUGUUAGUCUCAGUCACUAUUUACUUUCAU